AUGAGUGUCAUUGCAGUGGUACACGUGUUUCUAACAGUAACCGUUACUGCAUUCAAAUACAGUAAUUACGAUACAGUGACUUAUGAUCGUCCUUUGGUUACUUCUACACCGUCUUUGCCUCAUUCAUACAAUUGGUAUUCGAAAUUGCAGAGAUCUAAGAAAAACGAAAAAACAGAGAAAUUCACAUUAUUAUCUACUGGCCAAUUUGUAGAGCAAGAUCCUUUGAAUUUAUGGAUCGACAGGCAAUCAAACACAAGAAAUCUCAGAGAAACGAGAACACUGGAUAAUAGUUUGGGGAUUGGAAAUCCAUUUGAACAAAAGACGCGAAAGGCGACAUACAAAAUUGAUACCUCUGCACAAGAUAUCGAAAUAAAAGAAUGUUUCGACUCAAAGAAGAAAAACUCAUGGAAUGGAGAUAACGAUCAUUUUGACAAAUUUCGAAAUACAAUUGUUCGAAGAACGUACAUAGGAAACAAAGAUCAAUCUCAAGAUAAGUUGGAUCAUUUGAAAAAAAAAAAUUUAUCAGAAGGUAAUAAUGGAAUUGGAAAUCGAGAAAGACAAAUUCGAGGAAGAUUUAUAAUUAACGAUAUUAAUAAUGAUAGCGAAAGUUAUAUUGCAAUCUCAGAUAAUUCAAACAUUCAACAAAGGCAACAAUUAAUACGUGAUAUCGAUGAUAAAUAUUUAAAUGAUACGGACGAAGAAAAUCAUUUUCUCAAUUUUCUUGAUCGAUUGAAAAAAAAAAUGAAUAGCGAAGACAUCGAACAAUUGACAUCGAUGAGUUACAGACAAGGAAGGAAAUAUAAAUUAACCAGUCAACAACAAGGAACACUUCUCGUCGAGGCUUUAAGAAAAAAACGAAAUUAUACAGGAGAUCAUCGAGGUCACAAUAAUGAUCUACAAAAUGGCAUAAUGGACAUGCUGGGUAGAAUGAUACCACAAACGUGUACAUAUAAAGGAACAACAUUCGACUGUGGCCUUAGUAUUAGUUGUGUUCUUGGAGGCGGUCGUCCAGUCGAUCUUUGUUCCGGAGGGUUAAUAUGGAGUUGUUGUGUCGAUGAUGAUGACAUUCCUGAUAAAAUACCACGACCAACAAUUGGAUUAUUACAAAAUGCUACACUUUCGUUAAACUUGGCAAAUCAACAUCCCUAUGUGGACGAUGAUGUGCAAAUCUACGACAAUGCGGCAAGACCGAGCAAGCCAACAUACAGUAGUCAGGAUGAGCAUGGAACAAGCUACCCGUAUGCUGACAUCGCGAACAAACCAACAACCAUUUAUGAGUCUUCGCAUAUAUGGAAUUAUGAUCGGCCUGUGUAUACGAAUCGUCCAUCGGUUUAUCAUCCGCUCCAGCUUGAUUAUCCUCAGGAUGAAUAUGAUGCCACUUACCCCGAUGUUUCGGGAAUGAACAUCCCAAACGAGGACGUCUCAAACUCCGUGGAUUAUUCCAAAUACCGUGGUUGCGGUGAACUUUAUACAAGAAGUAAUAGAAUCGUGGGUGGACACAGUUCCAGUUUUGGUAGUCAUCCAUGGCAGGCUGCUAUUAUUAAAUCUGGAUUCUUAACAAAAAAAUUAUCAUGCGGCGGGGCUUUACUCAACAACAGAUGGGUUGUUACUGCCGCCCAUUGUGUAGCAACAACACCAAAUGGUAACUUGAAGGUGCGUCUUGGUGAAUGGGAUGUUAGAGAUGCAUCCGAACGAUUGCUACACGAAGAAUUUAAUGUUGAAAGGAAGGAGGUUCAUCCACAAUAUUCACCGACCGAUUUCCGGAAUGAUGUAGCAUUAGUGAAACUUUCGAGAACAGUGGCGUUCAAACAACACAUCGUACCUGUUUGUUUACCGGCGAAAAAUCUAAAAAUUUCUGGACGUACGGCAACAGUUGCUGGUUGGGGUAGAACGCGACAUGGGCAAAGUUCAGCACCAACAAUUCUUCAAGAAGUUGACGUUGAAGUAAUUCCUAAUGAAAGAUGUCAGCGUUGGUUUAGAGCAGCUGGAAGGCGAGAAACUAUACAUGACGUUUUUUUAUGUGCAGGUUAUAAGGAAGGUGGGCGAGAUUCUUGUCAGGGAGAUUCUGGUGGUCCUUUAACUAUGUCUGUAGAAGGAAGACAUGUAUUAAUCGGUCUUGUGUCAUGGGGUAUUGGAUGUGGUCGUGAACAUUUGCCUGGUGUAUAUACGAAUAUCCAGAAAUUCGUCCCCUGGAUCGACAAAGUUAUGAGUUAA